AUGUAUUUUUUAUUGUUUAUCUUUUUAUUUGAGGUUUUUCUCCCAGACAUAAGCAAUCUACAGCUCAGUGCGGGACAGGACCUUGACGAUACGCCGUCAGAUGAAGAACAGUAUUACUCAGAUGAUGAAAAUCUGAGCAACAAUGACCCUGGACAUGAAGAUGACAAAAAUGCAGAAUCUAAUCCUGUCAUACACAAACUAAAAGAAAAUGAAGGUGACACCCCUGCUAACGAGAAAAAUGAGAAAUACUUUAAAGAUGUGAAACAAUAUGUGUUCACCACACAAAACUCGAAUGGCACAGACUCUGAAAUAUCUGUGAGUGCCACCACGAACCUGAAGUUCGCGCUGAAGAACUACAAACUCAUCAAGACAACGGGAAAAUCGUCAGAAAAAUCCAUCAGUGAAGAAGAAGAAAAACCUAAUGAACCCCCUCAUAAACAUAUACAAACAUCAACCCCCAAUGUGCCUGCAUUUUGGACAAUGCUAGCAAAAGUUAUAAAUGAAACCCCCGUGAACAUGGAUGAUAAAGAUCAAUUCUAUCAAGCAAUUCCAAGCUCUGAUUUAAACACUACCAGCAAAGACAAGCUGUCCGAGAUAGAGGAGGCCAAGUUCAAAUUAAUGCUGGGGAUCUCACUGAUGACCCUUAUCCUCUUAAUUCCCCUCUUGAUAUUUUGUUUUGCCACGCUGUACAAGUUGAGAAAACUAAGUGACAAAAGCUUUGGCAGUCAAUACUCUGUCAACCCGGAGCUGGCGACUCUGUCUUACUUCCACCCGUCUGAAGGCGUAUCUGAUACAUCUUACUCCAGGAGUGCCGACAGCAGCACAUAUUGGGGCAACACAACUUCAGACUUGAAACAAUCCAGCACAAAAAAGCCAAAAUUGAAACUUAUGGAUUAUUCUGCAGAUUCUGAUCUAACACCCUUAAACGAGGAAGAAACAACUUUCCUUCCACCCGAGGAGUCAGCCUUCCUUCUGCCCGAGGAGCCAGACUUAAUUCCGCCUGAGGAUCCAACAUUCCUUCCUCCCCAGGAGCUGGGUGAGCAACCCAUCAGUGAGACCAUCCCUGUGAAGGAAAGGAAUGAGGAGCCCAUGGUUGGUGAGGCAACCACUGAGGCGCCUUUGGUUGAGAAACAGCAAAUCACUGAGUAAAUAACUUUUAAUUCUUUGGGUUUUUAUAUAUAUAAAUAUAUAUAAAGAUCUUUGUGUCUC